AUGGGCACCGAAUCUAUUCAAGAGUCGUAUCUGGCAACGCCAACCACGGCAGGGGGCACCGCAUCGAGCGGAGCCGGGCUGUUAGGUCUUCAAGCUGGGAGUGAGCGAUCUAAGAGAAGAUAUUUUGUCUUGCUCGGUUGCAUGAUCGUCGCCGGCGGCAACUUUGGCUGGCCAAUGGCAUAUGGAGCGUUCCAGGAAUACUACGAACGAGAAGAAUACCCGAACGAAGAACCGUCGGUAAUCACCCUCGUCAAUGGCAUGUGCUGUUUGAUCGCUUGCCUAGGUAGCUUCGUGGGUGGAAUCGUAGGAGAUAAAAUCGGUCAAAAAAUGACUUUGGGACUCGGACUCUUACUUUGCUUCAUUGGAACACUUUCAGCUGCAUUCGCUCAGGUAUUCUGGCAAACGUUCCUCGCUAGGGGUAUCCUCUUUGGGAUUGGUCAAGCUUUUGUCAUCCCGAUUGUUUUCACUUAUCCUUCGCAAUACUUUCCACGAUCGUCUGGUGCCGCCAACGGAUUCGUUGGUGGGAGUGCCGGGAUCGGCGGAGGAGCUCUUGCGCUGCUUACCCGUCAUAUGCUUGACACAACCACCUACAAAAGGACCAUGUUAUACUGUUCGGCGAUCCAAGGAGUCAGCUGGAUUCUCGGUUGGAGGUUGGUCAAGGACUUCUACACUUCUCAAGAAAUACGGGAUGCCAGCGAACGUGUUCCGCCUGGACAGGCAGACGACAGCUUGGAUGACCAGGGAGACAACCGCGUGGAGGAAGCUCAUGAUCUCCAUCCUGUAAGGACAAGGCUCUCCGCGGUCACUGCGACUAUCCCUCCAGAACGGUGGCAUUACUCCAUAGUCCCACGAUUUCGACACCUUUCGGACAGGAUCACUUUCUGGUCGCUCUUUUUGGCAGUACUUAUUGGUACAUUGGGCUUCCUCACUCCUUACACUUACAUCACGAGCUAUACAAGGCAAUUCGCCGUCAAGGGAAACGACGAUUUCAAGGACGGCAUACCCCUCGUAUCUAUGCUGUUCGCCAUGGGUAUUGGCAGAAUCUUGUUGGGAUUGACGUGUGAUCUAUACGGCCCAUCAGAGACGUUCGCCAUCGGGAUGAUGGGAGCGGGUCUGAUCCAGAUGGUCGCUUGGCACUAUUCCACCUCAUUUGCUGGAAUCGUCUGCUUCGCUGUCGCGUACGGUCUCCUUUCGGGCACCAACCUCACGCUUCCGCCUGUCAUCGCAGCUCGGUGUUUCGGAUCAUCUCAUCCUCGUUUGGGAUCCAUCGUUGGGGUUGUGACCAUGCCCACAGGAUUCGGGGAAGCUUUCGGACCCGCUUUGGCAGGUUCUUCUCGUGCGAUCAGGUCCGUCUCCCAGGGCUGGCUUUACUUGCAAACAAUCUCGGGAGCCUUUCAGAUUGUCGGCGCGCUCUGGAUGGUAGUCGUGCUCAGAGGCCGCAUCUUUCGCGCGAUCCGCCGAAUCCUUCACGGUCGACGAAAGGAAGAGACUGCUUGAUCUAUAGAUGGACCUGCACACGCUGGUUAUCGGCACAUUGAGGGAAUACUGGUGACCCAGGAUUCGAGGUGCCAGUAGGAUGGAACGUGAAAUCAUAGAAUAAAAGCGGUGUAGAUAAAACCGGUUCAUAAAGAGGUUCGUGUGCAGAUUGUCGUACGGGUUGAGAUGAAUAAAAGAAAUACGUUGGCCGGAGAAUUCUCGUCUGCUGUAGCCUAAGCGGCCCAUUCUUUGGCGAUCUUGAAGCCUGCGAGACGAAGACAAGACGAAUGUCAUAAGCAAGUGGUUCGGGCCCGCAACUUCAUCAGAGGCGACUCACUCCAUUCAAAGUCCAACCAGGUCUUGUUGUCGUCGUCGAUGAUCCUGCUUCGGACGUCGUAGCUACCGGAACGAGCGAGCAUACCAGAGGGAGAUUCUUCGGCAGCGAACUGUCGUUGAAUGAAGCAGGCCUGAAUGAGUUGAGCCGUGAUGUCAA